UUUCAUUUUUUUCAUUAGAUUUUUAUCAAUGAUAUUUCUUGUCUCAUGUAUUUCCAAAUCGUUUCUUCUAAAAUAUUCAUUACUUCAGUUAAAUACUAUUAAUUAUCAUUCGAUGCUUAACAAAUCUUUUGUGCGACCAAACUUGGAAUAUGCGGUUCCUGUGUGGUCUUGAGAAUGUGCAGCGAAGAGCAUCAAGACUAGCAUUAAUCAACGCAAAGGUGAGAUGUCAUACGAAUACCGAUGCUAACUGCAAAAGAAAUGGCCUACUCUGUCCGACGUUGCACUUACUUAUCUUUAGUUGAGUGUUAUAAGAUACGUUUUGGUUUUGACCAUUUGAAAUUUGAAGACGUUUUAUAUUUCGCCAUAACUUGGUCUACGAGAGUUAAACUUUAUACCAAACCCGCAGGAUAUUAGGAUUCUUAAAUUAUGGAAUAAAUUACCAAGAGAUGUAGUGGAAGCUAAAUAUUUAAUUGCAAUCAAGGAUCUUAAUUUCAAUUUUGAUUUUAUUGUAUUUUUUUUAAGGGAGUUUUCACAUAAGGAUAACCUCUAAACUAAUUCCUUUUCUAGAUGUAUCUCUCUUUUCUCUUAAUUCCAGAUUCUUUUUCUUAGUUUUUAUUUGUAUAUCUUGAUUGAAUCUGGAAUAAGAUAGAAGCUGACUAGCUUUUCAGAAAUGAUCGAGCAAUACAACAAAAAUCUCAAGACGUAAACCAUAAAGUAGCUCUUUUUCGAAUAUUUCAAUUUACUGAGAACGUUUUAGUUGUUACACAAUCCCGGGAGAAAUGUAUACAAAGUGCCAUUUCCCAGUCUUUGAAAACGUCCCAGCCAGCAAGCAGCAACAUGUAGUUGAGCAUUUGUUUACUUUCUAAGCCCUUCCCACAAUUGAGACCUUGAGUAGAGGGGUGGGGGAUAAGGAGCGAGGGGAGUUAAAGAGGAUCGAGGACGUGCGUUUACAGUCUAGGUAUCAAGCUCCCAAUUAAUGAGGUAUUGAGGUAGAGAUGUACUGCCUGAUUAUUUUUGCAUGUUGUAUGCACCUUUCCUGUAAUCAAUUUAGCAGUACUAGCUAAAUUACAUUCGAUUUUUUUUCUUCACAGAGGGUGCAAACUAGAAGAAUCACCAGGAACCAUUGCCUUCAGUGAUGGAUUUUAAUUCAUGGAACAUCGUGUGGAGUUUGUGUUUUGGAUUAUUAGCAACAUUGAUCGUUGUUGGAAAUCUCUUUACCAUCUGUAUAUUUCUCAAGCAGAGACUUCGUAAACGGGCUCAUUUUCCUUUGAUUAGUUUGGCUGUUGCUGAUUUACUGGUUGGGCUGCUAAGUGUUCCUAUGUACAUAGCUAUUAAUACAAUACCAUACUGGGGUAUGCCGCUUCCCCGGCUGUGGAUCGACUUGUACCAAUUCUCCGACAGUUUUACUGGCAUUUCCUCCAUGUUCACGCUUACCGCUAUUUCCUUGGAGAGAAUGUACGCCAUAGGUUGGCCUUUUCGUCAUAGAACUCUAACCUGUCGUGUUUACAUAUUUACUAUUGCCAUACCAUGGAUCACCACAGCAAUAUUCACUUCUAUAAGGUUACUGCUUUACCUCUCUAUCAUAACAUUAGAAAGCUUCGUGUACUCUCUUAUCGUGUUCUUGAGUACGCCUCUGCUAGUGAUGUGCAUAGCGUAUCUUGUUGUAUGGAAGAAACAAACAACAAUGAUGGAUAACCAGAAUUAUGUGGUAAGAGAGACAAGAUUAGCGAAAACGCUGUUUAUUGUUACAGGAGCUUCUCUUUUGACCUGGCUGCCAUUUCAGAUUCAGACUCUGUUGCUAUACUUUGCUGUAAUUAGAGAUUUCCUUUACAUUAACGUAACUGCUCAUACGAUAAAGUUUUUACAAAACAGCAACUCCCUUGUAAACGUAAUAAUAUAUCCAUUCAGAAUAUCAGAAUUUAAGAACGCCCUUCUUCAGAUGUUACAUUGUUGUGUGGGUCCUCGUGAUGGAACUAAUGAAACUGAAUCCAUCCGUCAAUUAAGAGCGGGCCAGUUCCAUCAAAGCCAAGAAUUACAGGUUGCUAAUCAUUAGCAUACGGCCUCAAGGCUGGAAAAAGACAGUUUUCGAAUUCUUCCACCACCUGCAGCAGCCGCGACUACAGUGCUGGGAAGAAGGGACUGUGCCCCAGGAGAUGUGCGACGCCAACGCCAAUCUAUACAAGAACGAGGGGGAUCGUGAUGACUGCAACAUCUCACUCCUCUGUAUUGUUGGGAAAGCCUACGCGCGCGUAGUCCUGAACAGACUACUGUCACUUGCUGAACGUGUAUGCUCUGAAGCAAAGCACGGAUUAGGAGCUGGAAGAUCCACAAUUGCCAUGGUCUUCACCUCGCGGCAGCUGCAGGAAAAAUGCCGGGAGCAGAGACCGCCGUUAUAUAUACGUCGUAUUCAUUGACCUGACCAAGGCCUUUGACCUAAUCAGCAGGAAAGGCCUCUUCACUUUGCUACAAAGUGCCCCAAGCUCCUGAGGAUGAUCGCGUCCUUUCAUGAAGACGUGCAGGGCACCGUCCAGUCCAUCUUCAUCGGGCCCUUUCCCAAUCAAGAGCGGGGAGUAGCGAGGCUUCGUGGUUCUAGACUUGAAUAGCACCCUAAGCAUUUCCAUCGGUGACUUCAUACUCGAAGUCGUCGAGGACUUCACGUACCUCGACUCUACUAUCUCCAGCAACCUCUACCUGGAUGUCGAACCCAACAAGCGGAUCA